AUGAUGCUGAGAGGCGCAUGGUCCCAGUGGGUAGCUGCAUGCGUGCGGCACGAGGACCUGAUCAACCUCGGCCAGAGCUUUGCGGACGUCAAGAAAGAGGGUAAGUGUUGGGUUGAGCCGCAUCGGCUUCGAGUGGCUCACUCCUUCAUCGGUACCCUCUUGCAGAGCGCACACGACGCAUUUUGAGCAGUUGGCUGUCUCGAACGCGGAUCAAUCGGGGCCAUCGUAUAGCCGCUGAGGCUUUCAAGGCAAAGCGAGACCGGCGCAAGAUGGAGGAAGCAUGGGUUUUGUGGACCGAAAAGCAUUACGACAUUAGCCUGCGGCCAUUGGUGCGUUUAGGCGCCGCUUGUUUGACAAUAGUCCGCCUCUGACCUUGUCUUUUGUCUGGAUGCAGGAGUAUGAGGUGGCGAUGAAGAGGCAAGAAGGCGCUGCUAAUGCCGUUAUGCGCAAGUGGCAGGCUCGCACUCGCGUGCUGCCAGCUCUCAAACUCGAUAGACAGAGGCUGCUGAGCCAUUCGUGGGACAAGUGGAGUGACAAUCUACCGGUGGCUGUGGCUCGUCGACAGGCGAUCGAUCGAGAUAGGAAUCAAAUGCUGGGCAAAGCGUUCUAUCAUUGGAUCAAGGCAAGCAAAGCCAAGCGAUCAAUGCGUGCUGCGGCGUGAGUUGCGGUUUCGAACGAAGUGCGUGUUGAUAGUCGUGAGUCGCUCACCAAAUUCUGAUCGUUCCACAGGCGCUUCGGCGGUCCGUCAGUUGUGCGCCUGCGUGCUGCAGCGCAACUCCGGAAAGUCAGUCCAUUCGUGCACCGGCCGAGCUCCAGUCCUGGUGCUUCGCCAAUACCAAAAGACUCGACCACAGAGUGCAAGCCGGAGGUGAAUGGAGCGCCAACGCCAAAAGCUCACAGCCCUAACAUCGAGCGAGCUCAAUUCAGCGCGAGCAUUUUGUCUGCCACAGCCACGCAAUCGCCUGCCGCCCGACGCGCACCAGAGGUCACUCUGGCGCAACUAG